GACUUCCAGAAUCUGUUGUUGCUGCUGCUCUUGCAAGAAUUGGGUAUAAAGUACUGCAUUUGGAUAGGUGUGUAGAAAAUUUAUGUCUUGUAUCUUCUCUGUUGUCAAAAUUUCUAAAAAUUUAAUAUUCACAAUGAAAAGAAUUAUAGAAUAGUCACCUUGUACAGAUUAAAACACCCAUGCAGUUUGAGUAAUGCGCCUGCCGUAUCUACAUUGGAUUCCCAGGUCCGAUCUGUUAAUGCCGGUAGUAAUGGCCAUACUGCAUGGACUUGGACUUGGGAUACGUACGUGUAACACAUAAUACUUCUAUUAUACUGAAGCCUUACAAAAUACUGUAUUUAAAUCAGAUACUGUAUUUAAAUCAGGUGCACAGUCAGGUAUAAAUCGAAUAUGUACAGCAGUAGAUUAUAACUUAAGGUUUUUGACACUGGGCUCUAUAUAAAACGUUGUAUUGUUCAUUUCAUUAUUCUCAAUUACUGUUUAAAUAGGAACGACUACUAUUCCAGCUACUGGGCAUCAUUCUCUUUUGAAGGUUUACAGGAGUGGAUUAAACAAAACAGCAAAGAGGUGAUUUCUGCUCUGGCAUCUUAUUAAUAGCACGCUCGAUGACGUUGUGACCUUAACUUGCGAUGAACAUUAGCUUGCAGGAAAAAGUGCACUCUAAACUCUCUAUAUGCAAUCAUAUUCGUAUCUGGAUUAUUUUUUAAGCACUAUUUGAUUCUAAAAGCCUUAUUAUUUAUUAUAAAGCAAAAUUAAAUCUUGUUUCAUUUGCUGUAGCCUGCAUGACGCUUGUUUCACUUUGCUAAGGCUAUGUGCUACGCGAGGGAAUUAAAAAUGAAGACGAGACAUUUGGUGUAAUUGCGUUUUUUUGUUAAUGUUUAAAUUGGAAUAAAUUACCACAUGCUGCAAUCUAGUUUUGUCACUAUUAAUAGUGCAUUCAACUUCAUUGACCGAGGAAAAUAUCCUGGAUCGCAAUUCGAUAAUGGCUUACUCACAGACCUUUUUAUUCAUUAUUAACUUAUUUAAAUCUCUAUAUCGCGAUUUUGUUUUUUAAUUAACCAGGGAACUGACAAUGAUGAAAAAUUUGAAGAGAAACACGGAGAAGUUUAUUUCCCCUGUCGUAGAAAUGCAAUCAGUAACACUGAAGUGCGAUCAUACUUAA